AAAAAUAAACCGCAAAGGCCGCCCCUUCUCAACAUGCAGCAUCUGCCAUCGAACCCCGUGCGCCGUGCCUGAUGAACAUGCUAGAUUAAGGAGGGAGAGGGAGGGGGAGAGUAGGCAUCAUUAUAAGGUAUUUCACCUCUUGGAGAAGUGAUUUUUGAUGAGUUUGGUUUGGUUGGGUUGAGGACGUGGGCUAAGGGCGACAGAAACCGAAUGGGAGGUAUGCGAGGCCGUUUCAGGGGUUUUUGCCGAUUGCACCGAGACCGGUUGCUGUGAAGUCGGGGUUGUCGAUUGCGAUGCAGACGCAGACACAAACACAGCCUGCUCCGGCCGAGAGGAGUUCUGAGGAACGGUCACCGAACUACCAGGUUGAAUUUACGCCCAGAGAGAAAUUCGAUAUCGUUCCCCGGACGAGCACGACGAGCAUGACCACGACAACGGCGACUACAGAAAGAAUUGACAUCCCCUCUGCAUCAAUCCCCGACCUGAGCGAAUCCCUCCCCUCGACUUCUUCGAUAGCAUCGAGUGCUUCGUCGUCGUCAGAUCUCAUGCCAAUGCCGCCACUCGACCUUCCCCUUGAUCUGGAACUGGAGCUACCAUUACCGAUUCUCGAGGGUAAUUGGGAUAAUCUGGAUAUGGGCACAAAUAUGGGGAAGAACGAGAAUGGGUUGGGUAUGUGGCCGCUGGAUCAGACAGGAUUCUGCGGUCUGGAUGAUAUGUCUGCGUUUCCUGGGCAGAAUAUGCAGUUUUGGGUGGGGGAGUUGUAACACAUGUUUAUGGUCAAGAGAGUGACAUCCAUUGGACUACGAAGUCACGUCAGACUAGACUAGAAUAGACAGACAGACAAGUCAUUCAUAUACACGACUGUACAAACAAACCACGCUUAUGCAAUGCA